UUGUUUACUUUCCGACGCACACCAGCCGGCGGGCAGCGUAUAAAUGGACAGAGCUGCCCUUCUUCCCUGGACUGUCGCCGCCGCCACACCGCCAAGAUGUUUCUGCCACGGGGUGUUCUCUCUGCGUUCGGUCUCGCCAUCUUGUUUCACGCACAAGUAUUUGCUGAUAACACAGCGACAGUUGGCGUCUACUAUGAAACGCUAAGCCCAGCGUGCAGAGAAUUCUUCAUAAACAAGCUGCUUCCGACUUAUGGAUAUGCUCCAGAUCGUAUCACCGUUACACUGGUCCCAUUUGGCAACACUGUGGUUAAUAGCACGAAUCCUAUCACUUUCAUAUGCGAGCACGGUGAAAAGGAGUGUGAAGGACUCAAAAUCCACUCGUGUGCCGUAGCCCUCGUCCAAGACCAGAACUCGCUGCUAAGGCUGGCGGAGUGCACGAUCCGCAACCAGACAGACCCAGAAGCAAUUCUGACUGAGUGUGCCACGACCCUGGGGAUCGAAUGGAGGCCGAUAGCGGACUGCGCCAAGGCGGCGAGGGGCAGCCAACUGCUUAAACUGAACGGAGACAAAACUAAAGAGCUGAACCCAGGAGUUGAGGAACUACCCACCAUCACGUUGAACGGGAGCCAGAACGAUGAAACACAAUUACGCACAAACCUCUGGAAUGAGAUUUGUAAAGUGUUGCAACCGAAGCCUUCAACUUGUCCAUGACUUGAAUCACGCUCCAGUGGCUAACACGAAGGAAUAGAAGACUAUGGCAGAGCACGGAAUCUGAUUGUCAGCCCACAUUAUAUUACUGUAUAAAAUAAAAUGUUAUUAUGAACAUA